UGUUGUCUAAGUUCCUGAAUUGUGUCUGCAGAAGUUAACGUUCCUGUAAUUGGUGGUCAUGCUGGGGUUACUAUUAUCCCACUCCUCUCUCAGGCUUACCUCUCUCUCACUUCCUCUCUAUGUUUGGUUGAAUGUCUAAUUUAUUACUACCCGUGGUUGUUCUUUGUUUGACUAAGUCACUCUGUUAGUAAACAAUGUAGGCCACUCCUCAAGCUAAUUUGUAAGGUGACGUACCCACCGCCCUCACCAAGCGUACUCAAGAUGGAGGCACAGAAGUGGUGGAGGCUAAAGCAGGAAAAGGUUCAGCUACAUUGUCGAUGGUCUAUGCUGGAGCGCUAUUCGCUGAUGCAUGCUUGAAGGGACUCAACGGAGUUCCAGAUGUUGAAGAAUGCUCGUACGUGCAAUCCACAAUCACUGAGCUUCCUUUCUUUGCCUCAAAGGUGAGGUUGGGGAAGAACGGUGUGGAGGACGUUCUUGAUUUGGGACCACUCUCAGACUUUGAGAAGGAAGGGUUGGAAGCACUGAAGCCAAAGCUCAAGUCUUUCAUUGAGAAGGGAGUUAAGUUUGCCAACCAAUGAGUAAAUCGACUUGAGUCUAUUUGUCCAAUUUACGGUUAUAAUCCAUG